AUGGUCCUCGUUGACGGUGUCAAGGUCAGUCGACCAGAGUGCAAUGACAAUUGCUACUUGUUCGGCGUGCUGACGCGACGUGACGCGACGUGACUCGCCUUGUACCUUCCCCUCCGGCUUCGUGGGGUCUGCCACACGCACCAAUCCGCUGCGUAGUUCGCUUGCCAUUCGUGCAUCAAGGGUCACCGCUCUUCCAAAGUGAGUAGUGCUCCAUCUCAGCUUAUGAGCCCUGAUCCGGAGGCGAGCUAUUGACAGCACAAUUGGCCUUGCAGUGCACACACACCUCACGCCCAUUGGUGGAGAUCAAGAGUCGGUCUCUUGUGGCUGGCUUGGCACCUGGUCCCCUCGGGCGCUCGGACCUCUCUGUCCCCGACCGGGACCACCGACGAGGGGUCGCACAGCUCUGUACUGACAUGUUUGCUUUGCUUUCUCUCACCGUUCGCCAACACCACAGAGAAAGGAAGACCGACCUCACAAUGCUCGCAUUGUCGCGACUUGCGCAAGACUCGCUCCGUGCACGGCAAGUGCGACUGCGUCGGCAAGGAGCACGAGGGUGCGCAUACGCCACGUGCUACUUCCGGGUGCGCAUGAACUGACUUCGUUCGCCCAACCCUCGUCUCUCCUUCGGACAGAGAAACCAUCGCAGCAAGUCCUACCCAAUGGCUUGUCUGAUCUGAUGAGGGCACGAGAGGACGAAGCCGGUGCUUCAGCCGAACCAGUGAAAGGAGGUGCCCAGAGUAAGCCACACUGAUCGGGGCACGUGGCUCAUCGCAAAUGAAUUGACAAAGUCGAACCCAAUGGACACAAUGUGUGCACAGUGUCUCGUCUUUUGAACCCCUGCAAUUGUCGUCGUGGUGGCAAAUGCAAUUGUUGUUCGGUGGUCGACCGCUCGAAGAAGUCCCGUCUUUCGAUCGACUCGACCACCUCUUCGUCGGCUCCGUCCCCUAUCGCCUCCACCUCCGGAUCACGGUCAACCUCUAGGACAAGGAAAGCAGGUGUAGGUGGCUGCUGCUCUUCCAACAAAGCUUCGAGCGAUGCAGCGAGUCCGAUCACGGCAUCACCCGCAAUUUCGGCCGAAGCCUUCUCCCCAGCUUCUACCGCUUUCAACUUCAGGUCCCCCGACGUGCCCGUGUACACGCCGUUUGCAUCAACGUCCUACUUGCCCGCGGCGCCAACGCCACUUUCGCAGACUUUCUCAUCGCCAUUCCAGUUCCAUUCCGCGUCCUCGACCGCGACGCCUUCGGUAUUUGCGCCAACAACCGACCUCGGCGGCUGCAUCGGCGAUGACCCGACGUGUACGCUCUUGCUCGCCCACCUGCAGGCCAAUGCCCCGCCACCGACGGGCCAAUCUUCAACGUUAUCAGCAUCUGAUUCUGCCCUUACGCUCCCGCUCGACCCUUGGUCGUCGACGCCUUUUGCCCAAUCCUUCGUCCCCCACCAGACUCCACUCUUCCUUCCGCACACGCAAGGCACUUCGGCGUGCUUUUGUGGCGACUCGUGCACUUGCGUCGGCUGCCCUCAGCACGACCCGCUCGGUCAAAAACGCGCGCCUACGCACAAUCCUGGCCCUGGAUGUGGGUGUCGCAAUCGUGCCGCCGAAAGCGCGCCGCCUCCGCUCACAUUGCAGACGACGCAACUGCAACCGUCAGGCAAGCGCGUUUGCUGUCGCUUCAAUACGGAUGUCGAAGUGCCUUCCGAAGUUUCUUCCAUCGAUCAGCUACUGCAGAGCGUGAUCGACCAAACCUCACCGUGCGAGAUUACGAGCUCGAAUCAAUGUGCUAUGACGUUGCCCGGAUUAUGGAACGACGGAGGAAACGAGGCGAUCGCCGCGAACUUGCCCGGGGUCAAUGAUGUUUGGAGCGGUCUCAAUAUCUCGAACGACCCCUGGUUCACCACUUUAGCCAACCCGGAGGCGCCACAGGCGUUGCCAUUGGUAAGUUCCAUACACCUGACGUCACUCUGAAGUCAUGGCGCUGACCUUGACUGGUCCCGUGUAGUUCAUUGCUCCCGAACAACGCCAGAAGCGAAAGGCCAAGGCGCAAUCUGUGUGGGCUUUGCAGCCGCUACCCGAAUCCGGCGAUCCCUGGUCGGCAACGCAACCCCAGGCUUCGACGAGCACCACCGAUUCGAGUGAGAUAUUCUCCAAUCCGUUCCAACGCAACGAAGCGAACGGCUGCUCGUCAAUGUACGCUCCCGCUGCGGACGAUCCGUUGGGCCUUCAGACUUUGAACGAGGGCGGUGAGGACGAAGAUCCGGAACCGGGAUGCGGCGACGAGUGCCAGUGUUCUUCGACCUGCGCGUGUCGUAACAUGGACGUCGUGGAUGACGAUAGCCCCGAGGGUCACUGGCACGAUGAUUUUGAAGCCCUGUCGACAACCGCUUCAGGAUUGUCGACGCCACUACAAAUGUACGGUCCGCAAUCCCUGAGUACGACUGAAGAGUCCGAGGUGCCAACUCAGCAAAUGGCUGCGACUUCGCUGGGGAACGCGGUCGACCUGAGCCUCUCAUUUGCGAGCUUUAAGAACUUCAAGGCCGAAGAUGUCGAAGGUCAGGCCAUGAAGGAAGGGCAUCGACCGGCCGACUUCCUCCUCAGUCCAUCACAACCCUCGCCGGACCCCCUAAGCCCGACGGAUCGCACGAGCUCGAGUAUCAAGCGCGACGACCCUUCCCUCGUUGAUUUUGUAGCGGCUGGGUUUUGUUGA